AUGAGUUUGAUAUGGGACGUCCGCACUGUCCUCGCCUCUGAGGCAUUUUCGACAGGCGACCAAUCCGAUCCCGAUCCCGAAUCAGCAACGACGACCAGGACAACAGCCGAGCUCGAGCCGAUCGAUGUAUGGAAUUACUUGGUCAGUCUAAGUGAAGAUGAGAUAACCAAAAACUCAGAAUCGCCAGAUGACCACGUCAAACUUAAACACUUCAAAGAUGCCGACUUUGAUCACAGUUGGGACGCGGCCCCGGUUCAUCUCGGCGACGGCGCAUCUUAUUCCGUUGAUAAAGUGACUCUAAGCAUCAAAAGAGAUGAUGGGAAUCCUAUCAUUGUUGCGGUCAAAAAGAUUAACUUAUUUGGCAACUCUGAGUCUCGAAGUGAUUGGAGUGCCGCGACGAGACACCGUUCUGUCGCGACGGUCUUGAAGGAGCUCCGCAUUCUCGCGAUUCCAUCCAUCGAGGAGCAUUUGAAUAUCGUCUCUAUGUUGGGAUUCAGAUCUGAGUAUACGUCGACAUCCGCUCAGAACAGCACCAAUGUCUCCUUGGUCAUGGAAUACGGCUCACACGGAACCCUCAGGGACUUUUGCAAAAGCCAUUCAGAUGACGACACCUUCGACCUAGCGGCCAAGGUUCGGUUCAUGCAUGACAUAGCCAGCGGACUGGCUAAGUUACACAGCUGUGGCAUUGCCCAUGGAGAUAUCAAAUUGGAGAACACCCUAGUCUUUGACGGGAACAAGGGGCAGUUGGUAGCAAAGCUGUCAGACUUUGGGCAUUCGAUCGUUGAUCUAUACGAUUCUGAAGAACCGCAGGGGAUUUAUCUUGGUACACCGCUCAUGAACGCUCCGGAGGUGAGAACUAGACGUCAUGCUCUCCACCAUGCACAAGACUUCUUCAAAUGCGACAUCUUUUCGUUCGGCUUGUUGGUAUGGGAGCUUCUUCUAGGUGGGAAACAUUACUUCGCCACACUGCAAAGCGUUGAGGAUGCAGACGACAGCAUGGACAUGAUGACAUAUUUAUGCAACCUUCCAAAAGACGAACUUCUUCUCCAGAGUCUGAAAUACUUGCAAGGGGUGUCUGAGAAGAAUGAGGCUUCCCUGAUCCAAAUGAUCAGCCGAACUUUGCAGGCGUCACUAAGAGAUGAUCCCGAGCGAAGGCGUGGUAUAGAGGUCAUUCUCGCCUUGUUUCGACAGCACAAAUACUUGAUCAGAGAUGACUGGAUGGGGCAGGGGAUUGGCUCUUUCGCCAUCAAUUCACCACCAGAUUCGGCCCCUGGUCCGAGUUCCGGAAAGGCUUUGACAACUAGGUCGACCAUUCCCCGAAUGCCACGUAUCAUUCAAACCGACUUUGUGGACCAACUCCAGCGCACCUCAAGGGAUGCUUCAUCGCUAUCCGAAAAGCGCUCUGCUCUCUUCGAAUUAGCCAUGUGCUACAUCCACGGGGUUGGCACAGAGAGGCCGGAUUUGGGCAAGGCACUCGAUCUGCUCACGGAGUCUGCGCAGCUUGAGAGUGCAAAAGCUCUUGGGCUUAUCUUUCGGCUUUACGAUGUCCUCGGAGUCGACCCCCCGCCUCACUUGUGGCAAAUACCUCAUCAAUUCGUUGAGAUCGAAAAGGAGUUAUUAGGCAUCAAAAUCGAUGACAACUUUGUCAGGCGGCUUCGUUUACACGAGAGAUACAAACAGCGAGAUAAUCUGAAUCGUUCUUUCGACAUCCUAUACGACGGCAACCCCAUAAUCGAAGGCAUAUCCUUGGAUCGUGUUGAAGAAGGACUGAAACGUUUGAGUUUGAGAGACAUUAGACUCGAAGAUUUGAACUGUAUCUCUCAGCCAGGGGACUAUGACGGUAUACCAACGCGAGAGAGUCUCCUCAGUGUUGCUGUGCGCCAGGGCAUCAAGCCUCUGGUCGAAUUUCUGCUACAUUCAGCGGCCUCUGGAUCAAUCAAAGCGAGAAUAAUCUGGACAGACAGUCUGCUUACGAUUGCCUGUCAGGGAGGUCAUCUCAAUAUUCUCGAGCUCCUCCUUUCAAAGGAUGUGCCGACGCGCCUCACCGAGAGCCAUCCCGAAACACCCUUUCACUGGUUGAGCAUGUUUGAGCCUGAAGAGGUCGAGUCUGCCAUGAAUCUGCUUUUGAGCAACAACAAUCUCAAAGAAGAUCUAAAAGUCAGCGUAUUUAGCCCUGGCAUUGAAGUGGGAAACUGCUUGUUUCUUGGCACCGCGCUCGAAUUUGCCAUUGCCGCGAACAAUGGUCCACUUGUUGACCUGUUCAUCAAGCGCACAUCGAAAACCUCCUCCAACUACCAGCUCCACACAAUUGGAUGGACUCAGAACACAUUUUCUUUGGCCUGCUCACUGCAUCUUCAUGGCUUGAUUCCAAAAUUACUGGGCCUAGAAGAGAACUACCGUGCGACACAAUGGACAACCCCAUCAGCUCAGUCGUCUAGUCUCUUCGGCCUUCUCCAUCCCCACGACGCUCUUCUACCACUCAUGAUCCAUGGCCAGAUGUUGCGAGUUGCACUCGACUCUACAAUCGACCUACUGAUUCAGAAUGGAGCUUCUUGUGCUGAAGAGGAUCGACGUGGGUCAUCCAUACUCAUGAAAGCCUUGAGCGCUGCACCGUGCAGAUUCAACACCGAUCUGCUACUGGCCCUUAUCGAUCGCGGUGCACGCUGUACAAUUCGCGGCAAAGAAGAGCCGAUGAAUGCCGUCGACCGCAUCUGCAAAAGGGAAGACCGCGCCGGACCGGCCAUAGUGAAGCUUUUGCUAGAAAAGGAGGUGCUGUCGCCAACGAUUGACAAUUUGGCGAUCGCUUUAAAGGAAGGCAACACUGCUGUUGCAUCCGUAUUCCUCGAUUUCGAAAGUGAUGGAAAAAGAAUCGGCGCCAAUGAUCCUUUCGUAGCUGGUGACGCGUCUUUGUCCUUACUUUUCCUCGCGACAUCAUCCGGAAAUGCAUCCACCGUCGAACUUCUCCUAGAUCACGGAGCCGACAUCAAUUCCAAGUGGGGGGAACGAACGCCCCUGGAAGCGGCAAUCAGUUUGGAGAAGUGCAACGCUGAGACCAUUGAUCUCUUAAUCGCCCGGGGCGCGACUCUAGUAUACGGCAGCUUCUCCUUGCUACAUCGUGCAGCUUCACUGGCUUCUCGGGUCAAUGGUCACCAUGUUCUGUUUCAUCUCCUCAGAAACCCACAGAUCAGAGAUUUGAUAAACACCGCGACCAAUUUCGAUGAUGAGAACCCUGACAUCACGCCUCUUAAUAUGGCAGUCUAUUCCGGAAAUCCUGGCGCGGUUCACGCCCUCCUCCAAGCCGGAGCUCUUGUCGAGACAGGAGAUGCGCUAGAUCGGAUUUUGCGACUCGCGGUUAAUGUUGGCCGACGUCCUCAGACCAGUCCUUUAUGGGAAAAUAGAAGCAUCAAUGCAGGGAGUCUCUACAAGUGGCGCUUAGACAUGGAGAACAUCAUCAUUGCCCUGCUAGGUAAAGGAAAACCAGGUCACAGGAGGAGUAGUCUUCACAUUGCUACUGAGUUGAACAACCGACCAAGAGUUAUAGAGCUAGUCGAACGUCACGGCUACCGCAUCUUUGUUGGAGAUAAAGAAAAGCUCCUGCCUACAGCAUACCUAGAAGACAUCGAAAGUUUGAGUGGGAAUGGAGACGAACCGGAGUACCUAGAGAACCUGCGGCUACUCAAGGAGUACAUUCAAACUAAGCUACUUGAAGAAAUAGCACGGGAUUCAGAGAAACCAGAGUUUAUCGAGAAGAUGCUGGAGGAUAUCUCAGUCGAAGACGACACAGACCUUAGCAAUGAGGAUGCGAGAGUCACUCUUGAGAACACUCUCUCAAAACUCGAGACUGAACGGAACGAAAUCCAUUUGUCUUUGGGUGAUGGAGUCGAAACACCUUGGGAAAGGGAGAUGGCAUUGAAGACUUCUCUCGAGACGCAAAGACAAAGACUGGGAGCCAUUCAUCUCACAACUUUAAAGACCGCAACUAUCCUAUGCGACUUGCUCGCAUUGCUUUACAGGUUUGACGAAGCUGCGCUGCUCAAUCAAGAAAUCCUCGCAGGCAGAGAAGCCCAACUACCUUCGGAUAGUCCAGAGCUUUUUGAAUCCUUGCUAGACCGGGUCUGUGUCCUUGCAGGUCAAGCCAAGGUUCAGGAAGCCCAAGAGGAUGCUCAACGCAUUCACCAAAAGGCAGUUGACACGUUCGGGAUCACUCAUCCCUUGACGCUCAAAGCAGAAGCUUUUCUGGCCUGUACAUACUCCAUUCUUGGGCAGCUCGACCUUGCUAUAUCCAUGGCAGAAGGAAUCUUGAAGGCCUACGACAACCAUGACCUGGACGAAGACGAAAAGUACGAGGGCUAUAGACAUUCCUUGCUCGAGCUGAGAUGUAACCUUGCCGUUGACUACUGCAGAGCCCAAAGGUUCAAUGACGCAGCAGAAAUAGCGAGGACCUUGCCAUCUUCGCUUCUUUAUGUUAGGAGAAGUGAGUUUUUCCGUACGUUCGACGCAAUCAUUAACGUUGCUGCCAACUUCGAAUUCUAUCAGCGAUUUGAGGAUUCCGACUCUAUCUAUCGCGACAUAAUCAGAAUCUGCAUCAAGACGCAUGGAAAAAAGAACGCGUACUGCACCCGGCUUGCCUUAGAGAAGCUUUCCAACAGCUACCAGUCCCGGUGUUUGUGGAAGCAAGAGUCAGAGACGCGCCAGACGCUGGUUGAAGUUCUUAAAUCGGCAUCGAGCGCGGCAAACCACGAAGUAUCAACUCAAAUGAUCAACCUAGCCAUCUCACUGAAGAAUGAGCAGCGUUUGGUUGAAGAGAGCGUCGUUCUCGAACAGAUUCUCGAAGGGUAUGAACUCUGUCUCCAGCCUGACCCUAUGAACACUUCCCAAGUCAAGGUCAUGCUGUGCACGAAUCUAAGGAAACAGAAGCAGCUCGACCGGGCGGAGCAAUACGGGCGUGAGGCUCUUGGGGAGUAUCGGGCUCGCCUUGGUCAGGAGGACGACACAACUGUCAUUGCUCAAUAUGAGCUUGCCUCAAUCAUGCUUCUCUCACAUCAAGACAAGAUUCAUGAUGCUAUUCAGCUUCUACAACAGAAUAUGGACAUCGUGGCUCGCAAGUUUGGCGAAAUCCACCCAGAAACUAGGGCUGCAACUUUGCACUUGGCCAAAGCUUACAUUAGGGCCAAACGCUUUGGAGAGGCUGAAGAGGCAGCACACCAGUGUAUCAAGAUCAGCGGCGAGGUGCCAGAGUCCGGCAAGGCUUUGGAGCAAGCAUAUCAUUAUCUCGGAUACGCCAAAGAGCUUCAAAAUGAACUGGACGAAGCGAGCACCUUCUAUAGAGCCUCUAUUGAAAUAGGGCUUGACAGUCGCGAUGGGGUGCACUCAGAUGAUUCACUCUAUACUAUGAGGCUCUUGGCAGCAAUCCACGUUGGAAAAGAAGACUUCGAAGAAGCUGAGACUCUUUUGCUGGAGAUCUUGGCAGCUUCUCCGCAGGUCUAUGGGACAACCCGCCCUGACAUGGCCUGUCGCGUCCACCAUCUACUGGGACGGGUUUACGAAAAUACCGAUAAGGCCCAAGAGUCCGUCCAGAAUCAUACUUUAGCAGUAGAUCUGGCUCGUGAAGCACUCGGUGAAGAUGCAGAGGAAACUCUGUGGUUUACGGAAAGCCUCGUCAGUGCAAAGGUGGCGACUCGGUCAUUCCGAGAGGCACUCCAGCUUGCUGAAAAGCUUCUGGCACAUUCCGAGGAAGAACUCGGCGAAUUCCACGAACUCUCGCUCGCAGUCAAGCAAAGCCUUCUCAUCGUAUACCCAGAACUAGGAAUGUGGCCAGAGUCAGAGCGCCUCCAUCGGGAAUUCCUCCACUCUUUCGAAGAAACUGGGGCUGCCUCCCCCGACGAAUAUGCCUUUCUCUAUCGAACCCUAUCAAAGGCAUGCACCAAGCAAAGCUUCCACUCCGACGCUGAAGUUUUCCUUUCGAAAUUCUGGGAAUGGUAUCAGAAGAGCGAACCAGACACCGAAGAAGAAAUGAUCGAGGUUAUGGCCGAGUUGGCACGAGCCUAUGCAAGGACGGAAAAGUUUGAGGUUGCAAAUCAAUUCAUAUCCCGCAUGCAGGCCACAAGCGAGGCUCUCUUCCCUGAAGAUGACUAUGACUAUGAGGAUGAGCGGGACAUUCUUUGCGCAUCCGCGCGUGCAGAUGUCAUGUUCCAGGCAGGUCAACGGGAAGAGGCUGCAAAGUUGAAGCAGAGAUAUGUCGACCUUCAAUCCACCGACUUGGAUGGAGUAUUCGCCUUAUUGGACAUGUACGAGACAAUGGGUGAGUAUUCCAAAGCGGCUGAGGCUCUACCUUUAGCCAUUGGCGCUGCUUGGAUCCUCAAGACGCAGUCAAGCCCUGAGGUUCACCAAGUGGCGAUCGUCAAGGUUGCUACUUAUGAUUCGAGGAUACAUACAGCAAUAGGCGAUUUCGAACUUGCCCAAGAACAGGCUACUUUGGCAGUGAAUCGAGCAUCAAGGUGGGAUCUCGGCAACUUCACCUACGCCGAGACAUACCGAAACGCUCUCCAAGGCACGAUGACUUUAUAUGGGACACUCGGACGGGACAGAGAGAGGGAGGAGACAAGACUCAAGCUCAUGAAAGAACUUCGCCGACAGGAAGAAGCCAGGGACAAUCACUUGGACGAAUUGGCACGAAAUCGAGUGAAGGUAAAAAGCUUUUUGACAGGAAUGCUUUCAGUAUCAGACCCUUAGUAGUCUGGACAGGAUAUACGGGAAGGCUUGAUGUGACUUUUUGUUUUUCUGUUUCUUUACAUCUGCCCUCGUUUCGACGUCCGUUUCCUUAACCCUGACGCAGUUACGUUUUUAUCCAGGUAGUAUAGAAACUUCUCAUUCGCCUUCUACCUACUUACUCCAGACUUCUUGGCCUUUUUUGUGACGUAUGUAGUACUGUAAAGUUGUUGAAGUAGGUUAGUUCAUGGCCUUGUUCAAGAUUUAAAGAGUUGAUAGUCGAAUGGCUUGCUUGAGUACCUAGUCUACUUGGUCCUACUUUAAGAGUCCUUCUACAAAGCUACCUCUAAUACUCCUCGCAAAUAUUUCCUCGUCCUGAGAUUAGACAGAAGUCCGUUC